AUGUGGAGAUGUAAGAAAGGGAGAUAUACUUGUGCAGAGACAUGGGAUGCUUUAAGGAAAAAAGAAGUUCCUGAGAAAUGGUGGAAAGUGGUUUGGAAUCAAGUGGCUAUCCCUCGGCAUUCCUUCAUGUUAUGGCUGGUUUUCCGUGAUGCUUUAAUAACUGAGGAGAGGAUGUGUAGGUGGGGAUAUUCAGGGGACUUGAAUAAUCCAGUGGAGACAUGGGAGGAGGUGGUGAAUUGGAGUAUUUCUAAUCUGAAAAAAGACUGCCUGAAAACAAGACUGUGCAUGCUAUGCCUAGGAGCUGCUGUGUACCAUAUUUGGAAACAUAGAAAUGACAUCCUACAUGGGAACAUCCCGAGUGCAGAGGAGGCAAUUCUGGCUAAGAUAAAAUGGGAGGUGAGAGCCAGAAUUUUGGUGAAGGGCACUUACAAGAAGAAUGCUGAGAAUCUGAUAUUCUGUUCUAGUUUACUAGUCAGGAUGUAUGUUGAUGCUGCAGAUUGUCUUCUGCAUUUAGUCUUAGUUUUAAGGGCUUUUGAGUGA